AUGUCUUCUACGAGACCCCAAAACAACCGCUCAAUUACUUCGCGUUCUCAUGUUGAAGUGUUGGAGUCGCCGCCUCUAUCAGCCACCUCCUCAACUUCCUCAACACCUGGUUCUAUCCACGGCGAUCAAGACCCUAUAGACCGCGAAGUGAUGAGAUCAAGUCAGGAUCGUGUAGCGUCAAGGGAGGAACCAGAUGUGGUAGAAAGAGGGAGAUCGCCUGUUGUGGAAAGAGAAAUUUAUGCUGAAGAUGAUGCAAGGAGCAUGAGCCCACGGAGAAACAGCGAGGAGUUAGAACGAAUUGGACGGGAAGCAAAAGCUAUGCUUGAACAACAAGCAAAAACAUUACAGUCUGGUUUAUUAGCACUGCUUGAUCGUGUGGAUAAAGUUAGGGAAGAGCACGAUAAACUAGAGGGCGAAAACCGUUUCUUACAAGAGUAUAUUGGCUCAUUAAUGGCUACUUCGAAAAUCACCGGAGACUCGGGUAGAAAUCGUAACUCCAGCAGCCGGUUAAAGUAA